GCAUCCCUCUUCCUUCCUCUCCCUCCCCCCUGCUCCCCUGGCCCCCUUGCCCCGCGGGGGAUGUGUCCAUGGGCAUCAGGACGGAACUUGCCCGGCAGCGUGCGGACUAGGUUAUGGGAAAAUCAGAAAGCCAGAUGGAUAUAACUGAAAUAAACACUCCAAGACCAAAGAAAAAGCAACGAUGGAGCGCCUUAGAAAUAAGUCUCUCGGUUAUAGUGUUCCUUCUCACUAUUAUAGCCAUCACAAUGAUUGCACUAUAUGCGACGUACGAUGAUGGCAUUUGCAAGACUGCAGACUGUAUAAAAUCAGCUGCCCGUCUGAUUGAGAACAUGGAUGCCAAUGUGGAACCUUGCAAGGACUUUUUCCAUUAUGCUUGUGGAGGCUGGCUUAAGAGGAAUGUCAUUCCUGAGACCAACUCCCGUUACAGUAACUUUGACAUUUUGAGAGAUGAUCUUGAAGUCAUUUUGAAAGGCGUCCUUCAGAAGACAAGCCCUGAAGAUAUUUUAGCAGUGCAGAAAGCAAAAACUUUGUACAGAUCGUGUAUAAAUGAAACUGCUAUUGAUGUCAGGGAAGGAAAGCCUUUGAUUCUGUUGUUACCGGAUUUGUUUGGAUGGCCCGUAGCAGUGGAUGACUGGGACACAACAUUUGGUACUACUUGGACUGCUGAGAAAGCUAUUGCACAUCUGAACUCUAAAUAUGGGAAAAAAGUCCUUAUUAAUUUUUUUGUUGGCACUGAUGAUAAGAACUCUAUGAACCAUAUUAUCCAUAUUGAUCAGCCUGGACUUGGUCUCCCAUCCCGCGACUACUAUGAAUGCACCGGUAUAUAUAAGGAGGCAUGUGAAGCAUAUGUGAAUUUCAUGGUUGCUGUGGCUACAAUAGUUCGUCAGGAGCAAAAAUUGUCUGUCAAUAAAACUCAACUUACCUUGGAAAUGAACAGAGUUAUGGAGCUGGAGAAAGAAAUUGCCAAUGUGACAACGAGAGCGGAAGACAGAAAUGAUCCAGUGCUGCUGUACAAUAAGAUGACUCUAGAAGAAAUCCAAAGGAACUUUUCAUUGACUAUUAAUAGAAAGGAAUUCAACUGGUCACAUUUCAUAAAUGAAAUCAUGUCAACUGUACAAACUAAUAUUCCAAAUGAGGAGAAUAUAGUUGUUUAUGCUCCAGAAUAUUUGACCAAACUUAAAACGGUUCUCAUCAAGUAUUCUCCCAGAGAGCUUCAAAAUUAUAUGGCUUGGCGAUUCAUAAUGGACCUUGUGAACAAUCUUAGCCAGGAUUACAAGGAGACAAGAAAUGCUUUUCGAAAGGCACUGUAUGGCACAACAUCCGAAACAGCCAUUUGGCGUCGUUGUGCAAACUACGUCAAUGGAAACAUGGAAAAUGCCGUUGGAAGGCUGUAUGUACAGGAAGCAUUUGCUGGAGACAGUAAACAUGUGGUUGAAGAUUUGAUCAUGCGGAUCCGGGAGUCUUUUAUUAAUACUUUGGAUGAACUCACUUGGAUGGAUGCAGAAACCAAAAUGAAAGCAGAGCAAAAGGCCAAAGCAAUUCGAGAAAGGAUAGGUUAUCCUGAUGACAUUCUUACAGACAACGAUAAACUAAAUAAAGAAUACAGUGAGCUGAACUACCAAGAGGAAGAGUUCUUUGAAAACAUCCUUCAAAAUCUGGUUUUUAACCAAAAAAAACGACUAAAGAAACUCCGGGAAAAGGUGGACAAGGAAGAGUGGAUAAGCGGAGCGGCUGUAGUGAACGCUUUCUAUUCUUCAGGUAGAAAUCAAAUAGUUUUCCCAGCUGGAAUUUUGCAGCCACCUUUCUUCAGUGCCAGUCAAGCCAAUUCACUGAAUUAUGGUGGCAUCGGCAUGGUCAUUGGGCAUGAAAUCACUCACGGCUUUGAUGACAAUGGAAGAAACUUUAACCAGGAUGGGGACCUCGUGGAUUGGUGGACUCAACAAUCUGCAAAAAACUUUAAAGAGCAGUCUGAGUGCAUGGUACACCAGUAUGGAAACUUCUCAUGGGACUUAGCAAGUGGACAACAUCUCAACGGACUAAACACUCUGGGAGAAAACAUUGCUGAUAACGGUGGCAUUGGUCAAGCAUACCGGGCCUAUCAAAACUUGGUUAAAAAGAACGGAGAAGAAAAAUUACUUCCUGGCCUUGACUUGAACCACAAACAGCUGUUCUUCCUGAACUUUGCACAGGUGUGGUGUGGUACAUACAGGCCAGAAUACGCUGUCAACGCCAUUAAAACAGACGUCCACAGCCCAGGAAACUUUAGGAUUAUAGGGACAUUGCAGAACUCCCCAGAGUUCACGGAAGCCUUUAAUUGUCGUCAUAAUGACUACAUGAAUCCAAGAAAGAAAUGCCGCGUGUGGUGAUCAAAUUAGAAAGUAAUUAACCCGGAGCCAAUCUUCCCAGGCCAAUUGACAAAUGGAACUGUGUACGAGGAAGAGAACUGUACCAAACUCAGUACAAUUUUAAGGAUGAGAAAAUUAAUAGGAGAAAAGGGAUGCUUCAAAGUAAUGACUUCCGUAGAUUGACUACUUGAUGAUGGUGGUGUUGAAGAAGCUGGAAAAAUCACCAUUCGACCUAUGGUGGCAACUAGCUGGUUUGGAAGGGGUUUGAUAUCUGCCAAAUCUAUCACUUUUAAUUGUGUAUAUAAUGUGCUUGCCUCUUAAACAGUGUUGUCCUAGUUAAAUUGAGUUUCCCAUUUGGUCUUCAGACUUUCUCUUCUCACUAGGGAACAGGAUUAAUCACAUGCCGGUGUAGACUGAUAUUUCUAUACAAAGGGAGGAAAGAAACAGGGAAAAUAAAGCAUCACCCUGAGAGGGCAGUUUGCAACUCCAAGUGUUGGACUUUGUUUCCUGCCUCUAAAAAUGUGUUCUACAAAUUGUUUUGCUUUACGUUUUGUCUUGAUAUAUUUGUUCCCCCAAAAAGAGAAAGAAUCUUUAAAAAACUACUGAAAUUGUGGUUUGAGAAGGAUUCACUAUUUUUCCUGUGAUUACCCCAGGACUGAUUCAAUUUAGCACAUCUUGAUUUCAGGCGUGUACAAGCAAAAAUGAAAAAAGAAAAAAGAAAAUGUAUUACUUCUGCACAUAUAUUCACUAAUAAUGAGAUCAAGCAGUUCUUGUUCUCUCAAGAAUGUCUUUUUAAAAGAUUUGUAGCAAUGUAUAAAUCAUAAUUUUUAUAUUUAAUUAUUAGCUACACUAAUGGCAUAAAGUAAUUAGUAUCUACUUGAUCAUUUCAUCUCUAUAAUUGGGAGUUAUUUCAGGUUGAGCAGUGUUCAGUUCUGUAUAUUAAGGAAGCAUCUGCAAACCAAAAUCUGUAAAGUGAUGUAUAGAAGAAUGUUUCAGACUUUUUUUUAUUAUAAUCCAAUCAACAUUUGUGAAGAGCUUUAUCUAUGUUCUGAUAGGAAUGAACUGCCAUUACCCAGUUUGCCCAAGGGCAAUGCUGCUUCUAGUUUAGAAGCAGUCAGAUUUCACCAAAAAAAGAGAUACCUCAGAUGACUAUCCCAAUGAAGACAGCUAUAUCUGUAUAAUGUCAUCUUCACUUUAUCUUUCAAUGUUUGUCAUCUGAUGAAAACAUUUUACAUUUUGAUAUUAAAUUGAAAUCGUGAGCGAGAUGCUCAUUACAUGA